AUGGAUUCACAAAGAAAUUAUAUUCACUUUAAUCAAGCAAAAAUUGUAGAUUAUAUAGAAGAAUGGUGUGCAGAUAAACUUCCAGACGAUGAUAUUAUUAUACCUCCCCAACAUCAACCACCACAUCCUGACGAUGAUGAUGUUCCGAAUCAACAAACAAUGAAUGGCAUUCUCCGAGCACAAAAACCGCCAGAGCCUGCAUGGCGGGACCUCGGCUUACAAGAAUUAAUGCAAAAAGGUCCAUCUGAAGAAAUGCAAGAAGGAAUUGGACAACGUCUCAAAGAAAUUCAGCAAAAUACGCGCUUUCAAAUUAUGGAACGACAAAAUUUACAUUCUUUUUAG